AAAAAAAGGAAAAAGGUUGUUUACAUUGAAGAAAGCUACAAAAUAAAAAUAGAGAAAAAGAUAAAAGAAAAAGAGAAAAAGAGGGCAUCAUAAGUUUGACUAUCUUCCCCCCAUUGAUUAGAAUAAGAAUUGUCCUCCAUUUUCUCUCUCUCUUUCCCUCUAUAUAUUCCUUCAUCUUCAUUAUCUUCUACCCCUCCCCUUCACUCUUCUCACAAACUUCCUUUCCCUUUUUGCCCUUUUGUUCCAUGUUGUUGUAAAACAUGGCUGUAGAAUUAAUGUCCACUGGUUAUAGACCCAAUAAUUUCUCAUCAAAAAUGGAAGAAAAUUCCGUGCAAGAAGCUGCUGCUGCCGGCCUUCAAAGCGUUGAGAAAUUAAUCCGGUUGCUUUCUCAAUCCCAACAACAACAACAACAAAAUCAUCAGCAACAAACAAAUUUUCAGAAUUCAUCGUCGAAUGAUUAUCAGGUUGUUGCUGAUGUUGCUGUUAACAAAUUCAAAAAGUUCAUUUCGUUACUUGACAAAAAUCGUACUGGACAUGCCAGAUUUCGUCGUGGUCCAAUUACUUCUCCUCCUCCACCCCCACCUCCGCCGCCAGUUCCAGCUAAACCCCAGCAGAACAAGCAACAAAUGGAGGAAUCUGAAAAGCAACAAUCUAGUGCUACAAAAAUUUACUGUCCAACUCCCAUACAAAGAUUACCACCGUUACCACACAACCACCAUCAACAAAUACUAAUCAAAAAUGGAUCGAUCGAGAGAAAAGAAGCAGCGUCAUCUACAACUAUUAAUUUUGCUUCUCCGUCACCGGCAACUUCCUUCAUGUCGUCGUUAACAGGAGAAACGGAGAGUUUACAGAACUCUUUGUCUUCCGGAUUUCAAAUUACGAAUCUUUCUCAGGUCUCUUCCGCCGGCCGGCCGCCGAUUUCGACUUCUUCAUUCAAGAGAAAGUGUAGUUCUAUGGACGAUAUUGCCCUCAAGUGUAACAGCGCCGGUGGAUCCUCCGGCCGUUGCCACUGCCCUAAGAAAAGGAAAUCAAGAGUCAAAAGGGUAGUGAGAGUUCCUGCAAUUAGCAUGAAAAUGGCUGAUAUUCCACCUGAUGAUUAUUCAUGGAGAAAGUAUGGUCAAAAACCCAUCAAGGGUUCUCCUCAUCCCAGGGGAUAUUACAAAUGUAGCAGUGUACGAGGAUGUCCUGCACGUAAACAUGUAGAAAGAGCAUUAGAUGAUCCAGCUAUGUUGAUUGUUACAUAUGAAGGAGAACACAAUCAUUCCCAUUCCAUUACAGAAACACCAGCAACUCAUGUUCUUGAAUCAUCUUAAAUCCUUGAUGAUGAUAAAAAUCAAAUUUCCCCUAAAUCAUCAACGGCUCAGAUCUUCUUGGAAAAUGUGAAGAGUAAAUCAGCACCGUUCAUCUAAUGGUCAACGCCUAGAGGAAACAUUUGUUUAAUUUUUAUUCUCUUUGUGUAUUUGUCGUUGAAAAACCUUUGAUUUUGCGUGGAAAAAAUUGAAAAAGGAGAUAGAGAGAGCAAAUUGUGGAUUUGGUGGGAAUUGAAUCAUGCAACAUUUUAGUGGGUA